GAUAAAGGAGAAGCCAUCGAGCUUCAAGUCGGUUUGUGGGGGCGAGAGGAGAGAAUUCGAGAGAAAAGAAGGAAAAGCCUUCCCAACCAGAGAGCACCCAAAACCAAACCCAGCCAAAGAAACCAAACCCAUAUCGCAAAUCCAAUCUUUUGUUCAACCAUGGAGAUUUGAUCGCCUUUUUUUUGUUCUAAAUCUUCAUAUUUUUGCGUUUUUGCGCAAUCUGUAAAUCUUUUUUGACAUAUUUUUGGGACGAUGAGGAGAGGAAGAGGAGCCGCGGCGGCGAAGGCAGCUGUGGAGCCGAACGGAUCCACUGCUCGGAACGUCAAGAACGGUGGCGGAGGCGGCGGCGGCACGGAGCCGAGAUACAGAGGGGUGAGGAAGAGACCGUGGGGUAGAUUUGCGGCUGAGAUCAGGGACCCGUGUAAGAAGACCCGAGUUUGGCUCGGGACUUUUGACUCGGCUGAGGAUGCGGCUCGGGCGUACGACGCUGCCGCCCGGAACCUCCGUGGACCCAAAGCGAAGACUAACUUUCCGUUGUACGGGUCAUCGCCUUUGUCACCGCAGCAAUAUUGCCAAAACCCAGUUGAUCCGUUCAUGGAUCACAGAUUAUAUGGUGGGUUUCAAGAACAGCAGGUGAAUCCUCAGAGACCCACAUCAAGCGGCAUGAGUAGUACUGUGGAGUCGUUCAGCGGUCCAAGGCCGCAGACGAGGACAGCAACUAUUGCGGCGGUGAUAUCAAAGAGGUACCCAAGGACACCACCGAUUGAGCCGGAGGACUGUCAUAGUGACUGUGAUUCAUCGUCUUCGGUUAUUGAUGAUGGAGAUAUUACAUCGUCUUCUUGUAAAAAGCCUUUGCUUUUUGAUCUCAAUUUUCCUCCGGUGCGUGAUGGUGUUGUUGACUUCUCUGGCGAUGAUGAUCUGCAGUGCACUGCCUUGCGUCUUUGAUGGUGAAGAAGAUUAUAUUUUGUUUUGUUUUUCCCAUCAGAAUUUUUUCUUAAUAUGCUGAAAAAAGAGAGAAUUAUGAUCCUGAUAUUAGUAGGAUUAUUGAGAAGUAAGGAUCUUGAUUUGAGUAUUAUCUCCAUCGGUUUACCUUAUUCAUAUGAAUGAUGAAAACUGUUGUUGUUGUUCCAGUAUAAUCCUUGAUGCUUUGAGAUCUAGGGUUAAUAAACCCUUAUGUAGCAGAUCCCUGUAUAAAAUUGCUAUCUAAUUGAAAUGCCAUUACCAGUUUUUGAAUAUUCAA